GUCACGCCCGACGUGGCCACCAAUAAAGUGUGUUGCUUUUUCGAGCGCUUCUUCGAGACGGUCGUCGAGCGACAAAUAAGUUUCGAUCUUGACAGUGUUGCACAGGUGCAGCAAUUUGGACGACUUAAGGCAAACUCGAGCACGAGGUGGGAACUGGAGGGCCACGGAAACGAAGGAGAAUGAAGACCAGGGGACUUGUGAGUAAUUUGGUUUCUCUUGUGCUUACUCUAGUCGCAUCUAGCUUAGUUUCCGGAGUAGACUGCAAGAAGAGGGCUAAUGGCACAGUCGUUGUAUACUGGGGAACUUACGAGAAGGAAGGCAGUCUCAAAACAGCCUGUGAGACGGGGAACUACGGCAUCGUCGUGCUCAGCUUCCUCAGCGUGUUUGGCGACGGGAGAGCUCCAAAGCUGGACCUCGCUGAUCACUGCGGGGGUGUCAACGGCAGUGCCAUCAACGGCAGCGCUAUCAACUGUGCUCCAGUCGGACAAGACGUAAAGUUCUGCCAGAGCAAAGGUGUCAAGGUGUUCCUCUCGCUCGGUGGUGCCGACGGCAACUACAGCAUUGUCUCGGACAAAGACGCCAUCGCCGUAUCGGACUAUCUGUGGAACAACUUUCUGGGAGGAGGAGCAGGAAACAGCAGCUCCAGGCCUCUCGGCGACGCAGUGCUGGACGGGAUCGACUUCGACAUGGAGAUGACCUCGACUCAAACCGGCUACGCUCAGCUUGCCAAGCAGAUUAAGCUCCGCUCCACCAAAGACAGGCCGGUGCUCUUGUCCGCAGCCCCGCAGUGCCCGUUCCCGGACGAGUUCCUCGGCCCGGCUCUCAACACGGGCGUGUUCGACUACGCCUGGGUCCAGUUCUACAACAAUCACGACUGCCAGUACAACCCAAAGAAGACUCUGGACAACGUGUUCGCGGCUUGGCACAAGUGGACGACCAAAGUUCCAGUGAAGAAGGUCUUCUUCGGCCUGCCGGCGAGCUUGAGCGGCGCCACCGACAGCCCCUCCACCAAGGACGGAUACAUGCCCGCGAAAGUUCUCAAGCAACAGGUUCUUCCGAAGAUCAAGGAGUCGAGCAAGUACGGCGGCGUGAUGUUGUGGAGUUACUACUACGAUUUCGUCAAGCACGACGGGAGAAAGGAGCCGUACAGCACCACGAUUAAAAACGCUGUAUGAUAUAUGGUGCUUUUGUGCUUGUAAUUAUUAUUAUUAUUACAUGUUU